AUUAAUGCAAGCGUAAGUGAGCGCCAGACUAAAAUAAUGAUCGCAAAGCGGAACGUUCCGACGCAAAUAAGUAACAGAAAAUAACUGCAAUCUUUGUUGUUGCAGGAUGGUCGAGGCUGUAAUAAAAGAUCUGGGUGAGAUACACGCCAGGCUCCUGGACCAUAAACCAGUCGUCCAGGGGGAGAUCAGGUUCUUCAUCAAGGAAUUUGAGGGCAAGCGGAAUGACCGUGAACAGAAGCGCCUAGAGCGCAUCAACAACCAGAUGAAAGAUUUGAACGAGAAAGUCUUCCCAGGAUGCAUCAGUCUGAUGGACAAACACUUCCAAGAGGCCAAGGAGCAGUUGGACGUUUCCAACAUGAUGUGCAGAAGACUACAGAAGCAAGAAGAAGACAGGCUGGAGAGCAAGCCCCUGGAAAAGGAAAAGGGCAAGAGGGAAGAGGAAUGGAAGGCUUUCCUGGAGCAACUGAAUGAACAGAGACACGCUUUGGAUUCAGAGCACCAGCGCAAGAUUCAGGAAAUUGAGGACCACUACGCAAAACUCAAACAGACACUCAACAAGCAAACCUGAAAAAAGAUUGAGUAGAUUUCCGAAGAUGAUUCUGACAAACAUCAGCUAAUACAGCAGUUCUGUUGGGUUUCGUUGGAAGCAGACUCUAAACAUGCAGACUGAACAAAAUCACAACAUUUUUCCAAAGAUUGAUCUGAUGAUUGUGAUUCCAACAAAAAAAGUAGCCAAGACGAAAGCUGUGAUGGGUUAUGUUGGAUUUUUAUGGAUUUUGUUGGAAGCAGACUCUGAACGGGCCAGUCUAAAACAAGAUCAAGUGGAUUUCUGAAGAGAAUUCCAACAAAAAUCUGCCAAUACGGAAUUUUUGUUGGAAGCAGACUCUGAACAAGCAGACUUGAAAAAGAUUGAGUAGAUUUCUGAAGAUGAUUCAAACAAUAAUCAGCCAAUGUGAAAGUUCUGUUGGGUCACGUUGGAUUUUGUUGGAAGCAGACUUUGAACAAGCAGACCUGAAAAAGAUUGAGUAGAUUUCAACAAAUGAUUCCAACAAAAAUCAGCCAAUGUGUAAGUUCUGUAGGGUUCUGUUGGAUUUUGUUAGAAGACUCUAAACCUCCAGACUUGAAAAAAAAGAUGAAGUAAACUUUUGUAGAUUAUUCCAACAAACAGCCAAUGUGGGAAUUAUGUUGGGUUUUGAUGGAUUUUUGUUGGAAGCAGACUCUGAACAUGCAUUAAUCUGAUGACAGUGAUUCCUGCAACAACAACAAAGACAGCCAAGGCAAAAGCUCUGAUCUGCUUGAAGCUGACUCUGAACAUGGAGACCUGAACAAAUUUAAAAAACCCAAAAAGUUCAAAGAUUGAUCUGAGGAUUAUGAUUCCUGCAGAAAUCAGCCAAGACUGAAGCUCGGAUAGGUUUUGUUGGAAGCAGCAGUGGUGCCCUUUUAACCAUAACUUGACAGUGGAUUUUGGAGGAUUCAGGAAGUUAUCAAGACAAAAAUACCUAGAGAGUUCAGGUCAAUGAAUUUCCAAUGAAAUC